AUGGCUUUCUUUUGGAUGUGGGCCAACCUACUUCUACUUCUUCACGGUGCAGCAUUGGCAGAUGAGGUGCGUGCCCACCCGUUCACGGAUGUGACCCUCGACUGCGAGUUCUCCUUUAUAGAGGGCACGGAAAACCUCGAGUUCUACUGGGAGCGAGAAGACAUAAUAGAGGAGUAUGAAGCGGGAGAUCGCGAGUUUUACCGCUUCUUCACGCACUACGACUUCUUUCAAGUGUUCACAAAGGUGGUUUACCAGUUCUACGAUAACGCAGAGCAACUGGAAGACCAGAAUGCCUUGUAUGAGGGAAGGGUCUCUGUGGACCAGAACGAGAUUUCCGAGGGGAUUCUGUCCCUUCUGCUGCGAAACGUGGAUUUCAUGGAUGAAGCCGUGUACAAGUGCUGGGCUGUCACUCCUAACGGCAGAGGGGAGAAUAAGGUCAAGCUGAUAGUGGAAGAUUCUGAAAUGCCGCAGGUGAAGUUUGACAAGAUUGAUGAUGAAGAUGUGGUUACGUGCACAUCUAAGGGCUGGUACCUCACACCCAACGUGACCUGGUUAGACCGGGGAGAAAGGGACCUUAGCAACCACAGUACGGUGGAGGUCCUGGAGGAGCAGAUGAACGGCUUGUACAGAGUGUACUCUGUCCUCAAAUACCCAGUCAAGUUAAACGAAAAAUAUGUCUGCCAUAUCACGGAGACGAAUGAAAACAACAGACCCAUCAGAUCCAUCCGGCGGUACCCAAAGAAAAGGUUCGGUGAAUAUGACUAUUAAGAGAUCUGAAUGCUCUCUGCCUGAGAACCUGCUGUGCCUUCAGUCAGCGGAGUUCCUGCUUUCUCCUGUGAUGGAUGUUCUUUUUGUCCUGGACACUUACUGACCAUAAACUCAAAUCAAGAAACAAGGAGCCAGUCAGUCCAGAGUGUUACAGAUUAACAGAGUCUUGCUUCUGCAUCUGUUUCUCUCUUUUGUUUAGAAGAUUUGUUCCAUUUAGUCUCAUUCUCCGAACAUGUUAAAUUCUGAGUAA